UCUUGCUCAUUAUCGGCUUUAAACAUUCUGUGCGUCGUACCGAGCAACGCGCUUAACGCGUCUGGAAUUUCACGCGUUCCUCUGGUUUUCCAGUUACAGUACACAGUGUACACUGGAGCAAAAAUGUGCAGGAUUAUCAAUCGGCGCCGUUUGGAAUAUUAUACGAGCGUUCGGUAUGACAAACGUCCACUGUUCGCAGCAGGCGAUGCUGUCUGGGUGUAUGCAUCCCCGCCCGGCACGGACGCCUGGCUGGUCUACGAAGCCAAGGUUAUCAAACUACGUUCCUUGUCAUCCCGCUAUCGUGACGAACAACUGAAACUGGAAGCUUAUUUGCCGGUGUACGAAGUGGAACUACCGUGGUUACUGGAAUCGUCGCAGCACGCCACCGACACGUUCUUCGAGAACCACCUGUACAAUCGGGAGCGACUAACGGCCGAAGAGAUGUUGUGCAUUAUCGGCGAGAACAAUCAGACUGUACUAAGCGAUUUGUCCGAUGCGAAACGGCAGAAAGUUCCUCGCGACGGCUUGGUGUUCUUGGGCACUUCGCAGAUGGCCGCACUGCGGGACUAUGUCGCUAAAACGGGCGGAUUGACGGAAUCCCAGCACACCACGUGCUGCGACUCGGAUCCGGAAUUCGACUGCGACAUUGAAGAAGACGUAAAUGGUAGCUUGAACCAGGAUCGCCCGAGGUCACGCGCCAAAUCGCUUCCCAUACCGAAUGCGUUGGCUGCCGCAUCCUUGGAUAAAACGCGACCGGAUAAUCCGCCCAUGUACAUCUGUCCGUACUGUCGGAAGUACACGAAACAACGCUACGGCGUUGUGCUGCGACACAUGCGUGGACAGUAUUCUGCAAAGUGUCCCGCUCGUCCGGCGCGGGCCAAUAAGAAGGACGUCCCGGAGAAGCUGUAGGGCGUCACCUAUAGAGGGACGGCCACAGAAGGCAUUCUAAAAUAUUCUCGUCGAAGGAUGAGUUAGCUGCAAUUAUACCAACUUCCGGGUUUGCCGCGUGGCCUUUCUUCCUGUUCUUUUUCUUGUGAAACCAUGACGUAUGCUUCUUGAGGUGGACUUCCGUAUCAUAGUGCGAUUUCAAUUACGAAUAUUCAUACUUAGUCUACAGAUACUAGAGUAGAGUAGGGUACUAUUUCUUUGUUGUUUAUGUUGAAAUAACUAGGCAGGUAUUCUUGUUGGACCUUUACAUUUUACUAUUAUUUUCAGUACACCUGUCACGUAUCCAAGAACGAAAUCUUUUUUUAG